CCCAGUCUUCUGGCUAAGUAUGCGGCUCUGCCACAGAAUCCAGCCCUGCUGGCUGCUGGCAGGACUAUUGGUGGUGCUGGAGCCAGCGGUGGUACUGGUGGAGCUAAUCAACGCCAGGGCAGUGGAUCGCUAAAGCCCGUGAUCUAUGAAUGUUCGAUUCUAUCCCCACAGCACUGUGAACGUACAACCACAUUCGCGUCUAGCGACUGGCUAGAAUUAGCAUCAGUACGCCCCUCUCGAGUCGCACUAUUUGGCUGCACUACUUCACUAGCCCUUUUGCAUCAUGCACAUGAUCUCCUGGUGGAUGUGUCUGUUGAUUCCUGGCUCAUAGGAGUGCGUUGUCUGGAUAAAUUCGCCACGUUUCCUGCCUAG